GGGAAUCAAAAUUCUAGGCUCAUUCCUCUCACUACUCUAUCUAUGUUUCAUUGAGAUACUGCAAGCUGAAUAAGAGCAUAGAUAGUUCUAGUUCCUCUACUAUCUAUGAUGAGAGCAAUGCAACUGUUUACAGCAAAUACCCUGCAGUUGUUUGCUUUUACUGCAGCCUCACUGACAACAUCUCCAUCCACUGUGGCUUGUCCUGAUGACACUGUCACCUUCACCUGCACUCUGCCUGGUAGUCUCAUACGAUGGACGGUGUUUGCUGCAAUGGCUGCUCCACAAGGCCGGAUAGAGUUGUUCAGAAUCAAUUUGAUUCCCAACACCAAUAUUAAUGAGACAGGAGGUGAUCCAGCAUUUCGUGGUGUUCUCACUGACUCCAGUGGACCCCUCACUGCCACUCUCACCUCACUGUCUGAGGCCUCCAUUGUGGAGGGUACUAUGGUGGAGUGUGAUGGAGAGAGCUCACAAGAAGGUCCUCUCACCAUCACUGUGCAUGUGGCUGAUCCACCCUCACGUCCACUCAACCCGAGAGUAUCUUUCACUCUAAAUCAACCCAGCUCCUCUAAUAUCACUCUGGACUGGGACUCCCCCUCCUCUACUGGUGGUGUGUCUGUCAGUUAUGUCCUCACCAUCUCCCCAACACCUCUCUCUGGGUCACCAGUAACCAUGGAGACCACCUCUGCACAGAUCACCGUUUUCUUUAACACACCCUACAAUGUGAUCAUCAGAGCUGUCAACUGUGCUGGAAUGAGCGACACCUCAAUAUUUACUGUACCAUCCAUAGUUUCCUGUCCCUCCUCCCUCUCUGCUGCUAGUGGUGUGGUCAUUGUCCAGAUACCCAGUGUACCGACUGUGGGCUCCACACUGACCUUCACUUGUUUUGAAAGUAAUCAAAUGAUACCCUCUACCUGUGGCAGUGAUGGACAGUGGAGUCCUAACCCUGAGGAUUUCAUGUGCCCAACAAUAGUGACAUGUGAUGUUCCUGCGGCCCCCUCUAUGGGUAGUGUGAACACUAAUGGUCAGUCUUACACAGAGGGGUCACAGGUAACUUAUCAGUGCAAUGAUGGACUGUUCCCCAUGUGUGUUCUGACUGCCACUUGCACAAGAGAUGGACAAAAUGGAGUGUGGGAGCCUGAUCCUAGUGUUGUGGUGUGCAGGACAUCUCCAGUUAACUGCUUUCUACCUGAGGAGCCCUCAAACAGAACUAUAGUAAACUAUGAAAGGUUGAAUGUAACAGUGUUGGAGGGAACAGUGCUGACUUACCAGUGUGACAAUGGACUCUCACUGACUGGACCCAACACCAUCACUUGCACUAAUGCUGGAGUCUGGAGCACUGAGCCUGAGGCAAUCAAGUGUGUGUCACCAACUGAAGCUCCGACUGCUGCCACCCUAUCAACUGAUGUAACUGUUGCCAUUGGUGUUACUAUUACUUUCAUCGCGUCUACUAUCCUUGGAUUUCUCGUUGGACUCCUAGUGAUGUACUCGUUUACGCGUAAGAAGGCAGUGUACUACACCAGAAAAACAGCAUUAUCUGUUGUAGAACCCACUAAACCAGUUGGUCCUGUUUACGAGGAGGUGUCACCCAAAGAGGAGAUUGAACUGAACACUAACCAAGCGUAUGGACCAGUAGGACUGUGAAACUUCGUGCUAUUAUAUGAUAAUUAUUAUUUUCUAGCCAGUAUUAUGUAGCUAGUGUUCAUCUAUAUAUAGAUUGGUAAUGAUUUGUUUGAAAAUAAUAAUUAUAAACAAUAAUAAUUAUAGCACAUUCAUUAAUAAUAUCAACAAAGAAACGAGUACA